AUGUUCAGACCAGCAAUCCUUCGCCAGGUCGUCAGAGCCGUCGACCAGAGCACUCGCCCAGCGGCUCUAGUUGCUGGACCCCAUCAGUUUAUUCGCCCUCUUUCGACCACAGUCUCUCGUGCCCAAAGAGACGACAAGAAUGACCCCUUGACGAAAGCUACCACAAAAGCUCCCGGAGGUGCUGCCGGUGAGCAUGAGGGAAAGUAUGCGCGAACCGACGAGAAUGUGGUGAUCGAAUAUCCCGAUGAUGCAGAUAUGCCUCGCAGCCCUGUUGUCCAGGGCCGUGGAGGAAUGCAUUUCAAGCGCACUCUUGCCCAAUUCUCUCUGGAAAACAGGGUCACUCUGGUUACUGGCGGUGCCCGUGUCAGUCCUGAAGUGACCGUCGCUAACUCCAUCCCAGGAGAUGAGGCCGAAGAGUCUGCGCGAAAACUGGUCGAGCAAUUCCAAAAGGAGAACCCCGGGUUAGAGCAGUUGCCCAAUGUCACCGCGCACUACGCCGAUGUCUCGAACCCCGACUCUGUUAAUAAUGCCCUCUCAGAGGUCAUCGCAAAGCACGGCAAGAUUGACCAUCUCGUCACGUCUGCGGGAUUUACCGAAAACUUCGACGCCAUCAGCUACCCAUACGACCGUAUGCAGAAGCUCUGGGGGGUGAACGUGGACGGCACAUAUCUGUUUGCUACGGGCGUGGCAAAGCACUUGAUGGAGCGCAAGGCGCCCGGGAGUAUUGUGAUGAUCGGUAGCAUGUCUGGUGCCAUCGUCAACGUACCUCAACCACAAGCGCCCUACAACGCCGCCAAGGCAGCCGUUCGCCACCUUGCUUCGUCUUUCGCCGUCGAAUGGGCAGGACAUGGUAUCAGGGUAAACUGCAUUAGCCCUGGAUACAUGCUGACUGCUCUGACCCGCAAAAUACUGGAUGAGAACCCCGAACUGCGGGAUAAGUGGAUCUCGCUUAUCCCCACUGGCAAGAUGGGUGUACCCGAAGAUCUGAUGGGCGCGGUGACUUUCCUUCUCAGCGACGCGUCCAAGUACAUCACUGGUGCCGAUCUCCGCGUGGACGGUGGCUACACCUUGACCUGA